AUGAGUACAUCUAGUGCAGCAAUCACAAAACAAGCUGUUGGUCGUCAUGGAGAUAUUGGUAGUCUGUAUGAUAUCCGUACCGAUCGAUUUGAAGGUGGAAAUUUAUUCAAUCAAGAUCUACCAGAAGGAUUAGUUUCAACAACAGAUUGUGCCAAUUCAGAUUAUUUUGUGGAUGAGAAUAUUUCACAAAAGGAUACAUUUAACAAACUUAAUGUUGAAGCAUCGAUGAAAUUAAGUCUUAUGGCUGGUCUAAUAAAGGUUGAAGGUUCUGCAAAAUAUUUAAAUCAAACAAAAACUAACAGUCGAACAGUUCGAGUUACAUUCAUGUUCAAUGUGCGAACAAAACAACAACGUUUACAAGUUAGUCGAGCUGAAUUAUAUAAAUAUUUCUCACCAGAUGCAUUAGAAAAUCCGAAUGCAACGCAUUGCGUUGUUGGUAUUACAUGGGGAGCACAUAUAGCAGCAACAUUCGAAGAAAACGUAGCUACAUCAGAGGCAGCCGAAGAACUUCAAGGUCAAUUAGCAGCUUCAUUAAAACAAGUAGCAAUUAAUAUUACCGGUCAAGCCAAAAUAGAUAAUAUUGAUAGAACAAAUUCAAAAUUUCAUUCACUAAAAAUUAGUUUUUCCGGUGAUGUUUUAAUUGAAGAUGUUCCAAAUACAGUUGAAGAUGUGUUCAACAUCUUUAAGAAGGUACCAAAUAUGCUCAAACAACUCAAUGAUGGAAAAGGACAACAACUUGAAUUUGAAUUAUAUCCCUUGAAGCGAAUGGCAGAAAUUUUCAAACAUGAUUUGCGCAUUGAACGAAUAAUGAAAGAAGUUACGAAUCAUAUCAUCAAUCGUAUUGAAAAUAUUUUUGAACAAAUAAUUCAAGGGAAAAGAAUGAUGAAUGAUUUUCUUGCCAAAAUUGAACCAUGGAAAGGUUGGAUUCCACCAGAUUGGGUAGAAGUUAUUCAUGACAAACAAUCAGCACUUGUAGGUGAAGAAUUACGAACACAACGCCAAUUAGCAACAUUGCUUGAACAAAUUCGUGGUGGUCAAGCUGAUGAAAAUGAAAUGAUACAAUUAUUGGAUAACUUCAAUGAUCAAAAUCCAUGUUCUUUAAUGUGUAUUAAACGAUUUUUGAAAGACAAUGCACGAAUUGAUGCCAAAAUUGCAUCAUUAAGUCAAUUUGAUCGAAGACCAAAAGAAAAAAAUCAGCCAAAAGGACCAAAUCCAGAUCUUCUGCCAAAAGAAUUUAAAUCUAUUCAUGAAUUUUUUUUGAAUAAUUAUCAUAAAGAUGUUUAUUUAUUUCAUAUUUCAAAUGAUUGGGAAAAACAAGAUCAAGCAAAUUGGUACAAGCAACUAAGAUUUUUUUACAGUUUACAAAAAUCUGUUGAAACAAUAUCGGAAUCAAAGAAACCGGUUUUUCUGGUUAUUGAUCAUGAUUUACAUACUCAUUUGGAUAAAAAACCCAAUACAUGCGUUAUUUAUCAUGGAAAUCAAGGAACAAUCAAAUCUGAGGAUUAUUAUCAUACUUUAUGUAGUACGCCAUCAGCAGCUCAUAUUUUAAAUACGUUAGUUUCUCGAUAA